AUGGCUACCUCAAUGCACCUGUCGAAGCUCCGAAAUUGGUUCCUGGCAUCCCCGCCGGUGGAGUUUGCGAUUUCCAGGCUCCGCGACCUGCUGGUUGGGGCGAUUAGACAGGGUCCAGUUCCACAGCAUAUUGCAUUCAUCAUGGAUGGAAACCGGAGAUUUGCUCGAACGCAUGGUAUUGAGACGGUGGAGGGACACAAUCUGGGCUUUGAGGCAUUGGCGCGGAUCCUUGAGGUGUGCUACCGGAGUGGAGUCAAAGUCGUUACCAUCUACGCUUUUAGCAUCGAAAAUUUCAAGCGCUCGAAGUUCGAAGUCGAUGCUCUAAUGGAGAUGGCCAGAGUCAAAUUAGCCCAGAUGGCACAGCAUGGUGAAAUCCUGGAUCGAUACGGCGCAAAAGUUCGCGUGUUGGGCCGAUUAGAUCUCCUUCGACCGGAUGUUCUGGCGGCAGUGAACCGCGCAGUGGAUAUGACCAAAAACAACGGCGAGCGGGUUCUCAAUAUCUGCUUUCCCUACACAUCACGGGACGAGAUCACCGGGGCGAUCCGAGAUACAGUGGCCGACUACAGCAAGCCCUUGACGUCGGUUCGCGCUUCACCUUCUCCUCUACGAACACCAUUUUCAGAAACCCAUAUUACUCAGAAUAUCCGCGCUCGCACAAUGAAUGGGAAGCUGGAGGACUCGAAUACGGAGAGUGAUUCUGUCUCUGAAUCAUCCACACUUGGGGAUGACGAGCUGCACAAGCCUGAUCAACUGCACACAGUCUACCAGUCCGAGACGGCUUUCUCUUCCGCCGCAACCCUCCACCUUCCCGGGGAUCCAAGCGGGCGAAAUCGUCAGCUAGACUCUGCAUUGGAGGUUGAAGCCCCGGUUUUCAAGUCCCCAGAAACUAUCACACGUCAAACCUUGGCGGACCAUCUCCUUACUCACGACAAUCCUCCCCUUGACCUUCUCAUCCGAACGUCCCGAGUGGAACGUCUCAGCGACUUCAUGCUUUGGCAGUGUCAUGAGAACACUGAAAUUGUCUUCCUGCAAGUCCUCUGGCCCCAGUUUGAUCUGUGGCACUUCCUACCCGUGCUACUGUCGUGGCAACGACGAAUUUCCAAGGAGAGGAAAAACCCCGAAGCGGAGGGCAACUUCGAUGGUGAAGUCACAGAAUCUACAGAUAAAGACCAGGACGAGCUAUUGGUCAGCCCUGGCCUCAAACCGAAGAUUUUGUAA